AAUAGAGAAAGUAUUAUUAACAUCAUCCCAUAACAAAUUAGCUCGUUAAUUACCCAAUUUAAAAUUACCUUAACUUUACCUCCAAAAUUUGAUACGUGGCAGCCUCAGGCUCUCGGUGACCUUUCCAAUUUCAGUGAACUCCUGUUACAUUAGCUAAAACCCCAAUCACUGUAUCACUGGCAUGUGGUAUAAAUUGACAGAAAAUUGUUCAAUCCAUUACUCAUCCACCUUUUCAUUUCAGUAAACAAACUGUAUCUUCAGCUAAGUUUAAACCAUGGCGGCGGCGACGGCGACGGCAAUGGCGUCGGAGAUUUCAAUGACAGGGCUGACGAAGAAGAACUUGUUACAAGCAUUGAGUAAACCAGGAAGAACCAGUUGCCGGAGUUUCAGUUUUGGUGUUAAAAAGCUAUCGCCGGUUGUCUCUCCGGUGAAUGCUAAAGCGAGUAGUGGUAGUACUGAUAAUGGCGCUGUUUCUGUUACUCGUACAGCUCCGGCUUCGGUUCCGACUCCUUUGCCUUCUAGCUCUCUGGUGAAAAGUCACACCAUUUCAGUAUUUGUUGGGGAUGAAAGUGGUAUAAUAAAUAGAAUUGCUGGAGUUUUUGCUCGAAGGGGGUACAACAUUGAGUCACUCGCUGUUGGUUUGAACAAAGAUAAAGCUCUCUUUACCAUAGUGGUCUCUGGAACUGAGAAAGUUUUGCAACAAGUUGUAGAGCAGCUCAACAAGCUUGUGAGUGUCUGGAAGGUGGAGGAUCUAUCAAGAGAACCUCAAGUGGAACGGGAAUUGAUGCUCAUAAAACUGAAUGCAGACGCAACCACAAAAGCUGAAAUCAUGUGGUUGGUGGACAUCUUCAGAGGAAAAAUUGUGGAUAUAGCAGAACACUUUCUGACUAUCGAGGUAACUGGUGAUCCAGGGAAGAUGGCUGCCGUUCUGAGAAAUUUAAGCAAGUUUGGGAUCAAAGAGCUAGCCCGAACUGGGAAGAUUGCCUUGAGACGUGAAAAGAUGGGUGAGGAUGCUCCUUUUUGGAGGUUUUCUGCAGCUUCGUACCCAGAUCUCGAAGAAAAAAUUCCCAGUAUCCUGAACAACAAAAGUCAACCAAUUGACAAUGGAGCCAGCAAUAGUUCAGGGGGUGAUGUUUAUCCUGUGGAGUCCGGUGAUGAAACCUCAGUUAACCAAGUUCUCGAUGCCCACUGGGGAUAUCUGUAUGAUGGAGAUUUGAGUGGGAUUCGGUCACACACAUUAUCCAUGCUUGUCAACAAUGUUCCCGGUGUCCUAAACUUGAUAAGUGGUGUUAUAUCUCGACGAGGUUAUAACAUUCAGAGCCUUGCUGUAGGACCUGCAGAGGCAGAGGGGCUCUCACGCAUUACAACGGUGGUCCCUGGAACUGAUGAAACUAUAGGGAAAUUGGUCAAGCAAUUUUACAAGUUGAUAGAUGUUCAUGAGGUUCAAGAUAUUACUCAUUUACCAUUUGCUGAGCGGGAGCUAAUGCUUAUUAAAGUAGCCGCCAAUCCUGCAGCAAGGAGGGAUGUCCUUGAUAUUGCCAGUAUUUUUCGUGCUAAACCUGUUGAUGUGUCUGAUCAUACAGUAACAUUGGAGUUGACGGGAGACUUCAACAAGUUGCUGGCGUUGCAAAGAUUACUAGAGCCUUAUGGCAUUUGUGAGGUGGCUCGUACAGGGCGAGUAGCAUUGAUACGAGAAUCAGGAGUGGACUCGACAUACCUCCGGGGUUAUGCUCUUCCUCAGUAGUGGUAUUAAAUCUCUUAAGUGCAUUUUAGUAUGAUCGAGUUUCUAUCUUGCCAGUUUUUUCUGAUCUGGGAAGGAGGAGAUGAUUUGUAUUCUAUUCCUAGUGAAAGUUAGAUUGUCACUAUUAACAUAAGUGACAGUUGUGUUGUAUUGUUAUUUAGGCAUUCAUCAUAGGAUUUUAGUUUAACAAAACUGAAAGUUUUAACUUCAAAAUGUGGAGUAGAGCCAAUGAAGAGUGACGUUGUACAUUAAUGCAGCUGGGAGAAAUGCAUGUCAAAGUAUGUCGAAAAUGUGUUGUGUCCAAUGUAUUAGCUUGCGUUUAUUUAUUAAUACAUGAGUUUAAGUUACAUGCA